AUGUUCCCGACGCUAUCAAAAGUGAAAAUUCAAAAUGGCGGCCAGUCUCGUUUCAAUCCGAAGGCGCAGUCACUAUACGCCCUGGUAACAACCGAAUUUUUCAUAAUUUUACAACAGAAAGGACUUAAAUGCCUUGAGAAGGAGUCGACAUUCUCUAGACGGGAAAAAAUGAGAGAGGAAAUGAUGGACGAAACUUCAGUUUCUUCAGCUGGAGAAUUCGACCUCACGAAUAUACGUGAGGAAGAAUUCGAGCUGCACACUACCUACAUAGUUCCGGAUCUCCCUGUGGAUCCAGGAACUCCCAAUAGAGCUGAAGCCACCCUUCCUCGGAAUUUAGUACUCAAGUCUUCCCAAGUGCUACUGAAUACUCAAGGUGUUUGGAGUACUGGAUACAUCCCUCGAGGUACGAGAUUCGGACCUCUAGUUGGUGAAAUAUAUGCCAAAGAUGCUAUUCCUAACACUGCUAAUAGAAAUUACUUUUGGAGGGUUCAACUCAGAGAAGGAUUUUAUAAGACUAGGUCCAUUGAUAACAAGAUAUAUAAGGAUAACGAACUAUACUACUACAUAGACGGUUUCGAUACUUCCAAGGCCAACUGGAUGAGAUACGUGAGCCCCGCAUACUCCACAGAAUCUCAGAACCUGAUCGCCUGCCAAUACAAAAUGAACAUAUACUUUUAUACCAUCAAACCCAUCCUACCCAAUCAGGAGCUCUUGGUAUGGUACUGUAAAGAGUUUGCGGAAAGACUGAACUACCCAUUGACAGGAGAGCAAAUGCUUCAGAGAAUAAGGCAAGUACAACAAACUUCUGAAGUGAUAACUGUGAGUACAUCAGAGCCUCCACCAAAGGAGCCACCUUACGAGCACCAGCUGACACCUACAGAGGGAAGCGUGAGGUCUGACGAAGGGUACCACAGCAAUGAGUACCACGACGAUGCUUUCACUCCCCCUGAAGACUCUAGCGAUUCGGACAGUGAAAACAACUAUGUCUUGGACUUCAGCAAGAAGACCACUAAAGAAACUGCUGUUAUAAAGCCGGUAUCUCCUGAGACGCAGAAGAACGAGUACCGAAAAGUGAAGAUAAAGAUCACCAAGGCUUACCACUACAAAGCCAAGGCUGAGAGUGACCACGAAGGUGACAAAGACUCGAAAAUGGACGCUGCUGUACCUGAAGUACCCACACUAGCCACUCGGAUAGUGUCUCCCCCCACUACAGUGAUCGUGAUGGAUUCACCACCCCAUGAAGUUCCUAAUAAUAAGCCCUUUUACGAACCCGAAGUCAAAACUACAAACGUAAUAUCUAGAUACUCCCCACCUUCUUCAAGCAUCUUGGAGAAUAUUCUGCUUAGAAACAGAAUCGAUACGAAUAAUAAUAAUAACGAUAGUAACCACAGGCAAAGCAAUGCGGCGACCCCACCGCCUAGCUCGCCAACAGAGAUGGCCUACUCAUACAAAAAGAGCCAUCGGUAUGGAGCUGUACCAUGCAGUCCUGAUUCCAGCUCCAACAUCCAAGUCAACUUGCUGCCCCCAAGUCCAGCUACAUUGAAAACACAGAGCCCAGUACAAAUGAACGUCUACGCAACACAUCCCACUGAACCCUAUCACAAUAACAACAUACAGCCUACGAAUUACUACACCAUAUACCCCUCCCCAAACGGCUUAGUACACAGUACCAUAGCCUCCUCACCUACCCACACUUAUUCCCCGCCCCUCAACACAAACUUCAGCAAUAAUCAUCACAAUAACGUUACGAAUCUGAUAGUCCCGACCAGUCACAUCAUCAACAACAACUUAUCGCAUCACCUACUGACUCCUCUUCCUCCUCUCCAAAUCAACACGGGCAGACUGUCUCCCUGCUCCAAAAGCCCAGACAGAUAUGACAACAUGUGCUCCAGCAGCCCCACUAGCCCCAACGGUGGGCCUUCCAGAGGCUACAGGAGCCUACCUUACCCACUGAAGAAGAAGGACGGCAAGAUGCACUACGAGUGCAACGUCUGCUGCAAAACCUUCGGCCAGCUGUCGAACCUGAAGGUCCAUCUGAGGACGCACAGUGGAGAGAGACCCUUCAAGUGCAAUGUCUGCACCAAAUCCUUCACUCAGCUCGCCCAUCUCCAGAAGCACCAUUUGGUGCACACUGGGGAACGGCCUCAUGAGUGCAGCAUCUGCAAGAAGAGGUUCUCUUCUACGUCAAACUUGAAGACCCAUCUCAGGCUGCACAGUGGCCAGAAACCUUACGCCUGCGACUUUUGUCCUGCCAAGUUCACGCAGUUCGUGCACCUGAAGCUGCACAAGAGGCUGCAUACGAACGAGAGGCCCUACAUUUGUCAAGAGUGCGGGAAGAACUAUAUCAGCGCUUCCGGGCUGAGGACGCAUUGGAAGACCACGAGCUGUAGGCCCAACAACAUUGAUGAGGAGCUCAAUGGGGAAGCGUCCCCUAACUGCUACUAUGAAUAUGCCGGAUCCGAUGGUAGUCUUGGUUCUGUUGAUCUGAAAGAAGGCCACGAGGAUCCGAAAGAAUCGUUCGAAAUGCACCACCCACCCCAGCUGAGCCACCCUGUGUUGCACCCCGGUCUCUCCAGGCCGCUUCCUUCGCUGAUCCAAAAUGGCGCCCUACAGCGGCCAUUGCAUCCUGGCAAGGAGACGAGGCCGAGCGUCAUAGAGUCGUCUCAGCCUCACAUCAUUGAAUGUACCUAA